GAGAUAUCAAGUUUGGCUUAUUUUGUUUGUAAUUUAAUUCUCUAAAUUUCAUUCACUGCAUGUCUCGACUACUUUUGCGUAGUUUCUGAGAUAUUUUUAUUUAUAUAAAAAAUAAAACAAUCUAUUUAAUUUAAUUUUUCCCUCUACGACGGUUAUGCAUCGGGCAUGCGCCGAACGAUUACGAGCAUAUUGCUUACAGCUGUCAUAAAGUUACUAAAUGCAAAAUGUAAACAUGAAAUUUAUUUUUUAAGAUACAUCCAUCUGUGUUGGGAUAAUAAUUCUGACAGAAAAUGGCUUGAGUCAUUAGAUGUCUUUGAUGUUUCUCUUUAUCAACCGAUUCCUACUUUUGACAAUUUAAAGAUUGAUACUCAAAAUUGUAAUCUAGAUCAAGGUAAUAAUAUCGAUCGUGAUCAAGAACUUGAAGAACACGUUGAUCAGGUUGAGAAAGUUGGUGGUCCGGAUGAAGAUCAAGCUUCAGGCUUGCAAAAUCAAGGUGAGAUGCUUGUUGUAAACGACAAUCAAGGUGACAAAUCUGUUUCUGAUAUGGGCAUAUCUCAAGAUUUAUUGACACAAUAUAUACAACAAGAUUUAGCAGAUCGACAUCCAGAUCAAAAUGAGAGCUUAAUUAAAGAUCGAGGUUUGAAUCAAGAACCUAACAACAAUGAAAUCCAAGCUGAAAUUCAAAUUCCUGGUAGAGCAGAUGAAGAAAUUUGACUGCACAUCAAUCGGUACUCCAGAUUAGAUUAGUAGAAGGAAUGGAUAUAUGGAUUAAUAAAUUAGAUCUUGAAGACACUGUCGAUCGAUCAUCAAAACCAAGUGACAUAACGAGAAAACUACUAGCAUAUUUCGUUGGUGAAGAAAACUUGAAAACAAUGUCUCUAUCGGGUAAAGGAGGCUGGAAACCUAUUCCUGGAGAUACCUUGAAAGCUGUUAAAAGCUUUGUAAAGGAGAAUUCAGAUGGAAAUGAAAUUGAAAAUUUUUAUCGUUGGGUAACCAAAUACUGCAACCGUUUGAGAGCUACUGGAAAGUCACCAGAUGAAACAGAACCUCCACAGCAAUAACAAUACAAUUAUUAAAAAGUUUGGAAAAAAAUGUCAAUAUUGAUAAAAAAAAAAAUUGGAAUUAUAUACGUUUUGAUCGUCAUGUUAAGAGCUGCUAAUUCGACAUAAUUAUUCUUUCAUCAUUUUUGUUUAAAAGAAGUAGAAAAA